AUGGUGGUUAAUGGAGGCACUCCAAUAACCUGUAAUUUUGAAGCUGCAGCUGCUGCAGCUGCAAAACCUCGUCAUGAACGUUAUGCAGCACAUAUACCGCUGAAACGUGACGAGGACGAUGAUAGACGAUCAACGGAACGUUCAACAAUUAGCUCAAGGUUUCUUGUUAGAUUCUUCCGCUGGCUUUAA